AUGGACAACCUGGCAUCUCCCGCAGCCAUUCAGAAACGUAUCUGGGACGGGCGGAUACCUUUGGAGAUUGUGCUUGCCCCUUCGCAGAGCCGAUGUUAUGAUCAAACUGAUCCAUAUAUUGUUUCAUUCCCACGAGUCUGUUAUCUUCCCUCGUUGCUCCCAAAGCUUCGAGCCUUUUUUUCUCCCUAUUUGAUUGAGCCUGGCUCCCAGCACCAUGAUGGCUGGUUUGCUUUCGAGGGUGUGCCGCUGAAAUGGCACUAUCCCAUCGGUCUGCUGUUUGACUUAUACGCUGGAGCAGACCCUGCCACCAAGACCGGCUUCGGAAGCGAUGACUCUCAGGAGAGCGGAUCAUCCUUCCCCUGGCGACUGACGGUCCACUUUAGCGACUGGCCAGUUGAAGACCUCGUUCAACUUGAUGCAAAUGGUAUUGUCAUGAAUGAUGCAUUCAUCAACAGCGUCAAAGAGGCAGACUUUCUUCGAAAUGGAACCGCCAAAGGAAUCAUGAGCCUUUCCAAAGAGGACUCAUCAGGCCUCUGGAAGGCAGUAGAAGAUGUGGACCUUCCAUCAUUCCAACGUAUUUCGAACAUUCUUCUGCCCCCUCCAUCGCAGCCGUUCCGCAAUGUACCGAUUCGCAUCUUUCUACCGCUACUACCCGACGAAGAGUCGGGGUCACUCAAAGUGGUUCAAUCGCCUCUUCCUCCAUUAAUGCAGGCUCUGAGUGUUCACUCUAGUCAAUCAAUCAGCUCUCGGUCGAGCCCCAGUACACAGCCUCAGACCAUAGGCGGUGUUCUGCACACCUUACUCCCAAAUCUUUUCCCAAGCCGAAGAACUCCGGUUCUUGCAAAGCCAGUCUUACAUGGUGCUGUGCUUCCUAUGUCUGCCCCUAUUGAGGAAAUAGUGAGGAGCUCUGCAUAUGGAGACGGAUGGGCUUAUGUUGUUGUCCGAAUGAUGGGAUGA